UUUGUCAAGGGCACGCCCGUACUACGAGUACUAUCUCUAUAGCUAUGGUUUAUAUUCCUCCUCCUCAUCUUGCUUCUGCAUCGCGACCUUCAUACGCAGAAGCUUACAACGAUAUCCUAGUCUCACAUCGUCGGUCACCACAAACUUCUGCUUCAUCGGUCAUAUUACUUGUCGCACCAGAUGUAGACGCUCUUUGUGCAGCCAAGAUGCUUGCGGAUAUGCUCCAACAAGAUGAUGUUAUGCAUAGGAUCAUACCUGUUUCAGGUAUAGCAGAGUUGGAACGCAUGAGAGACGAGCUGAUGUCUUAUGCCGAGCUUCAUACACUCAUGCUUAUCAACAUGGGCGCGAUUCUCGACCUUCCAUCUGUGGAGUGGUUCGGGGAGUUUAGCACAAAGCUAUCUGUGCACGUUGUUGAUUCCACUCGGCCACAAAAUCUUUCCAGUUUGUUUGGUGGAGGAGAAAACGGUGAUCGGAUAAUAGUAUGGGAUGAUGGAAGAGCAGAGAAUAUGCAAGAGGAAAGAAAGGCCUGGGAAGCACUGGCGGCAUGGCAGUAUGAACCAGAGCCAGAUUCCGACGAGGACGCCUCAGAUGAUGACUCAGAGGAAGAUAAAGAAGGUGAGCAGGAAUCCGACGAGGAGCUUGGAAGUAGUCCUUCCGGUAAACGAAGGAUGUUGGAUAAUGGAGGCCGUGAGGGGAAAAGACGAAAGCUCAAUGACGAGGUAUCUCGAAUGUCACGAGACCAGCGUGAUGCUUACUCCAUGCGUUUGGAACAACACUAUGUAUCGGGGACAUCAUAUGGCCAGAGCGCAUCAGCGACAAUAUACAUACUCGCAACAGUAUUAGAACGCGUGGAUAAUGAUCUUCUGUGGUUAGCUAUCCUCGGACUGACGUUUCAGUACACAACAUCCCGUGUGUCACGGACGGACUACGAUAAAUUCCACUCUGUUUAUUAUGACGAAGUUUUUCGCCUGAAUCCCCGACCGGAUGCCAACCUAAACCCAGAUAACAUAAGCGCCUCUAGCCCAGACGAUCUAUCAGUGCGUGCAACAGAAGAGCUGAGGUUCAUGCUUUUUCGGCAUUGGACACUAUAUGAUGCUAUGUAUCAUUCAAGCUAUGUAGCUGGAAAACUUGGAAUAUGGAAAGAUCGCGGACGUAAACGGCUCACUGGUCUAUUGGCCAAGAUGGGGUUUUCAAUACCACAGACUCAGCAGCCUUACACUCAUAUGGACCUCGAUCUCAAGCAUCAGCUUCGAUCAAAAUUGGAUGCCAUAGCUCCUGAGUACGGUCUUGUGGAACUGGCCUAUCCGUCAUUCGCUCGCUGUUACGGUUAUCGCGCGCCACCACUUAGUGCGGCUGAUGCAGUAGAAGCUGCUGGUGCGCUUUUAGACGUGGCAGGUGGCGUACGGAUGGAACUUGAGGUGGAAGGUUCAAGACACGGCGGAGAGUGGUUUGGGGGUGGUAAAAUGUGGGGAGGAGGUCGGUCGGAAGAGGAUCGGGAAAGGAAGAAUAUGAUGCGUGGGGUCAACGCAGUAGAUGCAAAACGUCCUGCAGAGGCAGAAGAUAACGACGAAGGAAAAGAGGGCCCAGAGAAGAAUGAAGUCCAGUGGUGGGUAAAGAAUUUUUGGGCGGCGUACGACGCUCUUUCGGAUAUUACACUGCUUCGUGAAGCCCUCUCGCUUUCAAUGUCGCUCCAUCGAGCAAUCAUCCGACAGGGAUCAUCUAUCAUCGACAAACAGGAUAUCCGUACUAUGCGCUCUCAUCGUGUCGUCGUUCUCACUCAGGGACCCGACCUUGCACUCUUCGCACAUCCUGGCGUUCUCUCGCGCCUCGCCAUGUGGCUUGUGGAAGCACUGAGAGAUAGACUGCCAGGAACUGCUAUUGCCAAGCCAGGGAGAGGAGGUCGGGGUAAAAAGAGCCUCCCUUUCGUAGUUGCCUGUUUGGAUGAACAGGCGGGGACAUAUAUUGUUGUGGGUGUAAUGGGAGCCCUUGAUUUUGGAGAUGUGAGAAAAAACGAGUUCGGUCUCGCCUUCCUGGAUGCAAAGGAGAGAUGCAACGCACGGACGCGGCACGGUUCUUUUGAUACGAGCGUUUUGGAGAUUAAUCAAGAAGACCUGAAAUUAUUCCUAGAAACUCUUUGUGAAGUAGGGGAAGGGUACUAAUCAAUAUGCUCUUCGGUUAUAUGGUGUGCUGUGUAGUAGUUUCCAUCUCGCAUUGUAAUUAUAUUUAUAUAUUUGGUUUGCUGUUCAUCUUGGUCGAUAAUAUUUGCAACAGACAUUGAGUGCUUCGAGA